GGUUUGCUUGCACACUGGGGUUUUUAACAAUGCUGCAGGAGUCUGGAGGAAGCUGUUUCUUCCCUGCGGUUUCUUCGUAUGUGAGCUAUUCUCCACUUCCGACAGCUUUGUCUCUACUUACCUAGUGUCUGCUCGGCUCCCUGGAGCUGCAAGUUGAUCCUGCUGAUCAUCCAUCAAACUUGAACUCAGAAGGAGUCUGAAGGCAUCAGUCGGUCUUCACCUUUGCUCUGCAUCUGAUGUAGUUUACCUGUAUUGGAGGUUGCUUUCACUUUGCACACUAGCCAAUGCAUCUGGGAGACGAACUCCUGGAGGCGGGCACUCCCUGCUGAGACGUUGUUGGAUAUAGUGGAAAUGUUCAUCUGUGACACUCUUUCAGGCCUGAUGCUUAACAGCAGAAUGUGAAGAGGACGGAGGACUCCGUGGGGCACAUGCAGGUUACCCUACACUUGGCUGCUGGUGUGGGAGGAAGAGGAGGCUUGGAUGGUCUGCAAAACAUUUUCAAAUCAAAACAGGGUUGCUGAUUUGCUAAAUUUUGAGAACCACUGCUCUGAAGGAAGGCAGUUCUGCCACAAAUGGACAGCCAUCAACAAGGAAUGAUGGAGUACUGGUGGCGAAAUGGCUACAAGGGAUUCUGACGGGUGAGCUUCUUUCCUGCCCGUCUUAUUCCUUAAACAGUAAGACAGAAUGCUGAGAGAGUGGAUUACAGCCGGUUUGCUCCUGUUGCAUUUCUCUGACCCAGAGGAAACUCCGCAUCGCCAUGACAACACUGCUCCUUCUCUCCUAGCAACGCCCAGUUAACUGGCGGUCAGGGGGAAGAGUUUGAUGAUCUAUUUUCCAUUGGGUCAAAGUUCCAUCCCUCAUCCUGUGGAGAAGAUGAAAUUUCCAUUCUAUUGGUCCUUUGUCAAACUGGCACAAUAACACUCUAGCGAUUUGCUAAUAAAAACUGCUUUGGUGAUGGCUACUGACCCAACGUGAUACGGUGCGCCCCAAUUCUUGGACUCAUGACUGGGUAUACCAUGUUGCGGAAUGGAGGCGUGGGGAAUGGAGGCCAGCCCUGGAUGUUACGGUGGUCCAGCAGGAUCCGACUCACUUGGCUUAGCUUCACACUGUUCAUCAUCCUGGUCUUCUUUCCCCUCAUCGCUCACUACUAUUUAACCACCAUAGACGAUGCAGAUGACGCCGGCAAGCGCAUCUUCGGCCCGCGCACAGGCAACGAGCUAUGUGAGGUGAAGCACGUCCAGGAUUUGUGCCGCAUUCGGGAGUCGGUGAGCGAGGAGCUUCUUCAGCUGGAAGCCAAGAGGCAGGAGCUGAACAGUGAGAUUGCCAAACUGAACCUCAAGAUUGAAGCUUGCAAGAAGAGCAUCGAGAACGCCAAGCAGGACCUGCUGCAGUUGAAGAACGUCAUCAGUCAGACAGAACAUUCGUACAAAGAGCUGAUGGCCCAGAAUCAGCCCAAGCUCUCCUUGCCGAUCCGGCUGCUGCCGGAGAAAGACGACUCUAACUUCCCCUUGCCAAAAUCCAACAGGAACUGCCGGUUACACAACUGCUUUGACUAUUCACGUUGCCCGCUCACUUCUGGAUUCCCAGUGUACGUCUACAGCAGUGACCAGUAUCAUUUUGCGAGCUCCUUAGACCCUCUAGUUAAACAAGCCUUUGAGUCAACUGCCAGAACUAAUGUGUAUGUCACUGAAAAUGCAAACAUUGCUUGUAUAUACGUAAUCUUAGUGGGAGAAAUUGAGGAACCCGUAAUGCCAAAACCUACUGAAAUAGAGCAACAGUUGCACACCCUGCCAUAUUGGAGGUCUGAUGGACACAACCACCUCAUUAUUAACUUAUCCCGGAAGUCUGAGACUCAGAACUUUCUUUAUAACAUCAGUACGGGGCGGGCCAUGAUCGCCCAGUCCACCUUUUACGAUGUACAGUAUCGCCCAGGAUUUGAUCUUAUAGUGUCUCCUCUGGUCCACGCAAUGUCUGAACCUAAUUUCCUAAAGAUCCCACCCCAGGUGCCAGUCAAGCGGAAAUACUUAUUCAGUUUCCAAGGGGAGAAGGUGGAGUCUCUCCGGUCCAGCUUGCAAGAAGUGCGUUCGUUUGAAGAGGAAAUUGAAGGCAACGCCCCGGCAGACUAUGACGAUAGGAUCAUCACCACCCUGAAGGCGGUACAGGACAGCAAGCUGGACUUUGUCUUGGUGGAAUUCACUUGUAAGAACCAACCGAAGGCAAGCCUGCCCACUGAGUGGGCUCUUUGUGGGGAGAGGGAGGACAGACUAGAGCUACUGAAACUAUCUACUUUUGCACUGAUAAUCACCCCAGGGGACACCCACCUUGUGAUCUCUGCUGGGUGUGUAAUGAGACUCUUUGAGGCUCUGGAGGUUGGAGCUAUCCCCGUCGUCCUUGGAGAGCAGGUCCAGCUGCCCUAUCACGAUGUGAUUCGGUGGAACGAGGCAGCCUUAAUCAUACCAAAGCCACGUAUCACAGAAGUGCACUUUCUUCUGCGAAGCAUUUCUGAUAACGACCUCUUGGCCAUGAGGAGGCAGGGACGUUUCUUGUGGGAGACCUAUUUUUCCACCUCAGAAAGCGUCUUCAACACAGUCUUGGCCAUCAUAAGGACUCGAAUACAAAUCCCAGCUAUCCCCAUUCGGGAAGAAACGGCAGUGGAGAUCCCUCACCGAUCUGGCAAAGCUGCUGGCACAGAUCCCAACAUGGCGGACAAUGGGGAUUUAGACUUGGGGCCAGUGGAAACAGAGCCACCCUACUCCUCUCCCAAAUACUUGCGCAAUUUCACCCUCACUGCAAUGGACAUUUACAGAAAUUGGAACUCUGCUCCUGGGCCCUUUCAUCUCUUUCCCCACACACCCUUUGAUCCGGUCUUACCAUCAGAAGCCAAGUUUCUUGGGUCUGGGACUGGAUUUCGGCCUAUUGGUGGCGGAGCUGGUGGCUCUGGAAAGGAGUUCCAAGCUGCAUUAGGUGGCAAUGUCCCCAGGGAGCAAUUUACAGUCGUAAUGUUAACCUACGAGCGAGAAGAAGUAUUAAUGAAUUCUUUGGAGAGGCUCAAUGGCCUCCCCUAUUUAAAUAAAGUUGUGGUCGUCUGGAAUUCCCCCAAGCUCCCCUCAGAAGAUCUUCUGUGGCCAGACAUUGGUGUCCCAAUUGUGGUUGUGCGCACAGAGAAGAACAGCCUGAACAACCGAUUUCUGCCCUGGGAUGAGAUUGAGACGGAAGCCAUUUUGUCUAUUGACGAUGAUGCCCACCUUCGCCAUGAUGAGAUCAUGUUUGGAUUCCGGGUUUGGAGAGAGGCUAGGGACCGCAUUGUUGGGUUCCCUGGGCGGUACCACGCAUGGGACGUCCCCCAUCAGUCCUGGCUCUACAACUCCAAUUACUCCUGUGAACUGUCCAUGGUGCUGACGGGCGCUGCCUUCUUUCACAAGUACUAUGCCUACCUGUAUUCAUAUGUGAUGCCACAGGCCAUCCGUGAUAUGGUAGAUGACUACAUCAACUGUGAGGAUAUUGCUAUGAACUUCCUGGUCUCUCAUAUCACCAGGAAGCCACCCAUCAAGGUGACUUCUCGCUGGACCUUCCGCUGCCCGGGCUGUCCUCAGGCACUUUCUCACGACGACUCUCACUUCCACGAGCGACACAAAUGCAUCAACUUCUUUGUCAAAGUGUACGGCUACAUGCCCCUGCUGUACACCCAAUUCCGUGUGGACUCUGUUCUCUUCAAGACCCGGCUGCCUCACGAUAAGACGAAAUGCUUCAAGUUCAUUUGAACAGAACCUGUUGGCUGCGGACCUCUGGGAUGAGGCCAGCAGGUGACGUGGAAAGCAGGUCCCUUCACAAGCCUCAGGGAGGAAGAAACCUCCCCCAAGACUGUUUCCCCUUCGCUUGGGACAUGGUCCAUGAAUCCCAUGCCUGCCCAAGCCCACCGAGGGAAAACAAACAGGAACUGAACGGCCUCAGAGGGACCUCAUUUAAAGACUCUCCUAGAAUCACAUACCGAGGAAACAAAACCUGAGACUUUGGUUAGUCCCCCAGUUAGUGGGUUAGCCAAGAGCAAAACUGGGUUUUUUAAAAAAAAUAUUAAUUAUUAUUUAAAAUGGAAGUGUUUUAGAUAUGCCUUGUAAGGCUUCCUUUUUUUUUCUUUUGGGGAGGGGGAAUUUCACUGUUAUUUUGUACCCUCCCCAUAUCACUCUUGGGGGAAAUCGGAGCCCCAAGAGAGCCCCUGUACUUGAGGAUCUGGUGUGCUGCUCUCGGGGAGUGUCGCGCAGGGUGGAUUUGGGGUGGGGUGGGGUGGGGGAGCUGACUCUCUUACUUCAUGGUGUCCCCUGUGCGAGAUCUAAUCAGGGCACCAGGAGGAGAUGGUGCUGUUCUUCCACUGGGGAAAAAAUUUACUCCUUUUCUGUUUGUUCUCCUGUGGCUGCUAAGGAGCUAACUACUGCUGAUAAGCAUUUCUCCCCACUUGUUCCUUCAACCCUACUGUGGCCCUUUCUGACACCCACUUCGUCCCAUAUUCCUUUUUAUGGAAGAGCUGUUCCAUGGUGGCUGCCCCACCUGCCUACCUAUCCAGUUCCUCACAGAUAGGCCACAAGCCACAGAUAGGUCACAAGGCUGGCGAAACCUCCUCUCCCUGCUUAUGUGAGAAGUGUUAAGCUCCACCCCCUUUGGCUCAAAGGUCUUAAUUACCCGUUACUUAUGCAACACGAGAAGCUUCUGUUUGGUGUGCUGUUGCUAUGGGGCUGUGCUUCAUAGCCUUUUUACGGGAAGUUUGUAGUGACUUUUUGAAAUCCCUUUGACUUGGCAUCUUGGUGAUUCUGUCUCAGUUCUCCCUCACACACAUGUGUGCGCCCUGCAAGAGUUUCACUUGACAGGUGUGGAGGCUGGUGCUGUGUCACUGAGAAUGGGAGCAAGCAUGCGUGCAGGCAGCCGAGCAAAAUGUGUCCUGGCUCAACCUUCAGUGAGCCGCCUGCAGACUGCAUUCACUGUAUAAGUCUCUCUCUUUCCUUCCGUUCUCUUCUGCAGGAGACCCCAGUGCUUUUUCUGGCAUUCUGGAAAUUGCUGGGUUUGGUUGCCAGUAGCCACCAAGACUCCAAAAAUGACUCAUCCCUGCACUUCAGGCAGCCUCAAUUUGCCUCUGGGCCAUGCCAAGAAUAGAGAUGGGGUGUAACCGUCCUCUUCGUUUUGCUGUUUAAAAUCAGGCUUCUUGCUUUGCUAAUGUCUUAAGGGGGAAAUGCAUGUUUUAAAGGACUUAUUUUCUCCUUUAAAAUGUUAAUUUCCCAGUGAGGAAAGCUGUUUCUGAACAACAUAACCAAGUGGAAGUUGAAGGAUUAAACCACCCUCUCCUAUUACCCUGUUUGGCCCCAAGGUAAAUUGAGGCAGCACCAGCCUGCAAUUUACAGUUCAUUGUUAGACCUCAGAAAAGUGAACACAUCUUUUUCAGCCCUGAGUUCCCUGCUGCAAGCAGUACUACGUGGAUGCCUAAGCCAAGUGCAAAGUGUUUGUGCAUGAGCUGGGACCCUCCCUGUUCUUUGUGUGCUCCACUUUUAAAGUGCCAGCUGCAUAUCAGUUGUCCUCCUGAGCUUUCAGUUUCUGGUUUUUGAUUUCAGGGUAUUACUUCCAGAGACCCUAAUUGAGGUCUUUGCCAAAUGGAAAAUGAGGCAUUUCUCUAUGUUGGUUGGAUGAUUCUCUGGCUUUCGUUCAUCAUUUACAGAAAGUAAGUCUGCUGAAGGGACCCUUAGUACCCAUUCCAUGAGAAAUUCUUUACCCUGAGUUCUUUCCUGCUGCUCUUCUGAUAUCGGGCCCAAUGCAAACAUGAGGCUGGCGAGGCCUCAUUUCCUUGAGUGACUUCACACAGACUUAGCGCCUGCCUUGUUUAUACUGUGCUGCACCUUAAUAGAAACAACUCCAUUUACUUAAUUGGCACACAAGAUCCCCUUCUAUCUGCUGGCGUUUUAUGGCCUUCUGUUGUAACAGUUUCAUAACAAAGCACUUGUAGCUACUUUGCAUGGUUUGAAGCACAAUAUAAGUAAAUCACAAAAGGAUUCUCUUUUGCUUUGCCAGCAUCCCCUUUCAAUCAGGCCUUACUCCUUGCUAAUGAAGGAUUCAGAUUCCUGCCCAACAUGCACCAUUAUGUGCUGCUACGGCUACCAUAGAACAACUGUGUGAAAGGACACUAUAUUUAAUGAGAGUACAGUUAGAGGGGAUUCACUCCUUGGGAAAAUGUUAGUGAAUGUAUUCUAACUAUAGCAGGAUCUUAGCUUCACCUGCUUUGCACUGUGGCAUAUGUCAACUACUGCUCCUGAAUGGUUACAAAUCCUUUGGGAUAUUUGGCCUUUUUGCAUUGUUCCUCUCUCUCGUAUUAGUACAAGAUAUGCAAGCUGAAAACAGAGGAAAGGGUCCUUGAAGGGUUAAAUCAGCCACUCCAUUCUCCUGCAUGACCUCAAGGCAAAUUGAGGCCACACAAGCUUGGAUUUUGCUUUUGAUGGACGGACCAUGCCACAGUAUCUUACUACUUCCGAGUAUCACACAAGUGAAAUGGGGCUCAAGAUAUUACAGUGGUGAGCCCAUAUUUAGGCACUAAGGUGUUUCCAUCAUUAGUGGUUCCCCCACACACCUCCACCCAAUUUAAAUUACGAUAUUCAAUUGCCUUGUAGAAGAGCAAAAAGGUUACUAAGGGCAGACUCUCCCACCAGCCAUUCAUUGCUUAACCAUCAUUUAAAAGUACUAAUUCCCCACAGAUAUACGUGUCAUAUGCAUUUGCUCAGUGGCCUGUGCAAAGUUCAAAGGGAAGUUUUAUUGUGCAGCAGUAUAUUUGAUCAUCUGCAGCCUCAUGGUGCAUGCUGGAAAAAUGGCCUCAAGGUGUUGUCCAGAACUGUGCUCGCCCUUUCAAGGCUGGGCAUUGCCACUCUUGUUUUCCCCCAGACUUCUGUAUGUUCAGGCAGGCCCUAGAAAAUCUACCUUAAAUGAGCAUGUUAAAAGGGCAGGCAGCAGCGGUCCCUCCUCUUCGCUGUGCUGGUUACAGCUAACCCAGCCUGAACUCCCAGCAAAUGCAGGCCGCUUUCUCAUGCGGGCUAGCAGAGCUCUGCCAUCGUUGGCUACGGAGAGAAGCUGCAUGCUGGGCUCUGUCUGCCGUAGCCAGUAGUGGAGUUGCUGAGCUCAGAUUCAGGUGGUAACAGUCCUUUUUUAAAAAAAAUGUGGACACACCUGGUUCCUUUUGAAAGGUCUGCCAGGGUUGUGUUUCUCAUCAACCGAAUAGUUUCAAAGUUGCUCUAAGGCAUGUUUUUUCAUCCCGUUAGCAGACAGCACCUACACCUCAAGCUUGUUUUUAGGUUGGGGGAUAGCCUGUUUGGUCAAGCGACGUAUCUAUCCACAAAAUGGAUCCUCUCGUGGCUGCUACUCCAAGGUUUUUCUUAGAAUUGAAGGGAGACUGGAAGGAAGAGGUUGUGUGUGAAUCAGGUUUGAAUCAGGCAAACUGGUGGGUUUCCCCAGUUCUCAAAUGUGCUUGUCAGAAAUGUUCCAUCGGAAUGUUUUUGCGCCCUUUACUUUUCUCUGCUGUAUUCUGUCCUUUAUCUCAUUUCUUGGAGAUAAAGAAGGGAUCAGCUGAAUCUCGGAGCGAGGGCUUUCCUUUGCUGGGGUACUCUGGAAUCAUAACAGAUCCUCACCGCCUUCGCUGGUUUACCGCACCCACUGUGCUCCCCUCCCCCCCCCUUCACUCAGCAUCCAUCACUGGCCUUCCAUUCCCUGCAACAACAGAUGUAUUUAAAAGCUCUGUGAGCACCAAAUUUUAAAUUGUUGUUUAAAAAAGAUAAGUGGGUGGGAGGGAUCUCAAACAGGACACGAGCACAAUAUUCAUAUGUUAAAAAUUUUGUAAAAGGAUAAAAUAAACUCAGAGUUUAACUUGAAA